UAAGCCCUAGCUGAUUAGGCGGCCAUUUUGAAAUAAGUCAAUUUGAAGAUUUUCUCGAUUCAAUUCACAAUAUUUUGGCCCCAUUCAACCAUAACCCAAAAGUUGACAAGAACAGUGGCAGUGGUGACAAAAUAAAAUGGCCUGUCAAAUCAGUAGGCUGAAAGAAUUUUUAGACAGAGUUCUUUGUUUUGGUAAAUGAUAAAUUAAUAGUUUUCAAUCGAUGGAAAGCGAUGAACGAACACAGCAAAUUAUCGAACGAGCCUUGCAUCUAGCAGCCGAAGUAGCUGAAACGGACGACAGUAAUGUCCCUGUUUUACUGUUACAAUUGAAAGACAUCCUCGACUUGGCUCCUCCGAGAAGUAGCUUGGGAGAAGUUCUCAGGAAUCAUCUGUGGAAUUAUGAUGUUAUUCAAGUUUGCAACCUAGCUUUGAAGCAAGACUUUGCUGCAAUAGCAGGAGGAUGGGACACUGCCACCCAGUUGGGAGCCAUUUUAUGUCAGAGCUGUGUGGGUCUCAAACUUCCAGACAUGCCUGAGUAUGAAGAAAAAUUUCUCCCUGAUGUUGUUGAGAAUAUCUUGUCUUUGGCUGCAAAGUUGCUUGACUUCGUUGUCAAAACAAGAGUGAUGACGGAAAAACAGAAACAUUUUCAAAAUUUUAGGACAACACUGAUUUCCAUGGAGUGGCUUUACAGUUUUCAUGUUUUCCUCACUUUCAAUGUGCUGCAAUCCAAGCGCUUUGUACAGAUUCUGAUGUCUGAAGAUGUUGACACAUCUCUCUUUAUUUUGAUGAUUCUUGAAAAUAUUUUUAAAACAAACAGGUUUUUGAUGGGAAAACUUGAACCAAAUGUCCUUUACAGCAUUUUGGAUGAGACUGUUUUCAAGAUAUCAGCCUCUGAAGAAUCUUCAGUUGCAAGGGCAUCAAUUCACCUCAUUUUGACAGCAACAGAUGUUCACCCACCAAUCCUUGAAAUUUUGCUCUCAAAAAGAUACAGGGGUUUGAAGGCGUAUCUCAGUAAGUGGAAGGCGAGAGGGUUUGAUAAUGAUGUGAAGAGACUUGUGUCUUUACUGGAGGCUGGUUCGAUUGCUCAGGCUGAGCAAAUGAGACUCUCUCGCGCUGCCACGGCUAUCCAAGCAUUUUACCGCGGCUCCAGACAGCGUCAGCGCCUCAAACAAGCGGAGUUGGGAAUCAUUCUACUUCAGCGAAAAUUCAGACAACGCCGCUUGGACAAGGAGCGAACAAAGGAGAAGGGGAAGCGGCGGGAAGAACGUAAAUUGGCUCUGGAACAGAAAAGAAUCAACGAGUUCAGAUCGUCCAUGCAAAAACAGCUGAAGAUGUUGGAAAGCGUACCUGCCAGAGAAGUGAACUUGUUUAUGGAAGAAAAUCAAGUGAAGGCAGCAAGUAAAAUACAAGCGGCGUUUCGCGGCAUGGUGGCGCGAAAGAAAUAUCGUGAACGGAACGAGGAAGUAACUCGAGAGAGAGCAGCUGUUACCAUCCAGCGACAAUUUCGCCGAUAUCAACAGCAUAAAGCAGAUCGUAAAACUCCUUAUCCCGUUGUGCCUGGCUUGACUGACGCAAGACGCGCCGAACUACAGAACAUGAUCGCAGAGCGUCGCCAGAGGUUCCCAGCAAAACACAGAACCCAAGAGGAAUUUAAAGAGCUUCACGAAAAGGCGUUUUCACUUCUUGCCAAUCACGUGUUGUCUAACAUGAAGAUAAGAAAGAGUGAACAGAGAAGGGAAGCGUUGCUGGCCAGGCUGAACGUGGAGGCAGAUCAGCUCUUAGCUUCUCCAAAGCUUCAUGAGGUUACUCCCGACAUUCUUGACUCUUUUACUUCAAGAUCAGCGCCCGUGAUAGCCAGGGCACAGCAGUGUCACAACGAGGAAAUGCGCGGACUCAAGCUUCCUUGGUGGAAAAAGUUAUGGGAUGAGGAGGAAGCGGAAGGGCUUGGGGAGAGGCCGGGAAGUCAAGACGACGAACAAUUUAAUUUUUGACAGUAAAGUUUUCGGCAGAAAAAGAAAACGUACACCAAACUAGGACACUUGCGUCUAAAAUCGGACAUAAUUGUCUUUCAUCGGACUCUAUGGCUACUAAAACCGGCCACUUUUGUCUAAAAUUUGAGACUGGUGUUUUAGUGAGACUCUCUUGUUGCCUAAUAUGUGACGCCAUAAGCUUAUAGCCUUGGGUCUUGAGCCCCUGUUGAGACAACCUGUCGCUUAUCCAAUUUUUUUCCUUUUUGUUCCUAUCUUCCUUAGUUUGUUUCAGAUUUUUCAAAUUGUGAACUCUUCGAGGAGUAGAAUUUCAACUUAAUUUAUUGUUGGUGGAUACUCUAUGGUGCUCGGGUGCGUUUGCGAGACGUGCGUGAAAAAUGCGCAUCAUUGCCAAUAAUGAGGUAAAAGCGAGUGUUCCAUUAGGCUCAUUUUAUUGGAACUCAUCAUAGCUUUCCUUCACCUUAUCAAAGUUCUACGUUUCCCACAGAAUUAAGAUGUCUCUUUUUCUUUUUAAGUUACAGUCUUAUCAAUUUCGACAAGUGGAACUAAUCUGCUACUGGCUGAUUUUGUUUAGGGCCGUACAUUUAUUGUGGUUUAGGGACUUCCUCGAUCAUGAUCCGCGUGACAGACUUGUGCCCGGUGUAGGCGUCAAAACCUUUUCCGAAUCCUGGACAAUCACCAACCGCCACUCCCACGCGAACGGUUCCCAAUCCAAUCCCCUCGCAGUAUCCUCCGAUUUGACUGUGCUUGUGAACGUUGGUGUCUGUUCUACCAUGAUUUCGCCAAAUGGCGUCAAUACCUUCGAUGGGAGCUGGUUUAGCGCACUCAAUGCCGUUGAAAGUGAAAUACCAACGUUUACAACACCUUUUACAAAAGGCUACUCUGAAAUCGCCGUCGAACUCAACUUUCAAGACGGUGUCUGAGCUUUUUUUAACGAAGAUACAAUCCUGCAACAGAGAGAUCAUUUCACAUGGGCUUUGCAACAGUCGGUAAACGAACAAAAACGUUAGACGUCCACUAAAAUAAUGAAAACAAACCUUUAUCAACCCAUAAUCUCUGCCGUCCUCCAGAGGCUUCCACGUGCAUUGUUUCCAGUUCCUUUGAGGAACUACUCCAGCAGGGCCCUGAUCUCCUUGGGAGCCCUUUUUCCCUGGUGCUCCUGCGGGACCUUGAUCACCCUUAGGUCCUACAGGGCCGGCAGGUCCCUUUUUACCAGGUGCUCCCUUUGAUCCUCUAGCACCGUCUCUUCCGUUAUGCCCAGGCAUGCCAGGGAACCCUGGUGCACAACUAGUUGUAUGCACUGAGCAACAGGAGGCUGGUUGAGACUGACAAUUUACCUAAUAGUGACGUCACGGAAGAAGAGUAUGGUUACCGACAAGUUUAAAUUAAAGAUGUCAGGAUAUCCAGUAGUUUUCCUGGGUAUAAAUUGCCUAAAAAACUGAGACGAACAAUUUUGGGACGUGGUACUGCAGGGUUCAUACGAAGCGUGGUUCAUUAUUAUAACGUGGUCUUCUCUUCGCAAUAACAUUCAGCGUUGAAAGUUAAGUAUCGACUGGAAAACUGUCGCUCUCGAUGUAUGUCGUGUCGGCUUCGGAUUUUGCACAACUGGCGCCUCUCGAUAUGUCCGCAUAGGAUUAUUAUUGAGAAAACCUAAGCAAAUAAAUACUCGUGAUUUAUCAAUUGCCUUUGACGUGUUGGAACUCCUUCAAGAACCAAGGAAAAAAAUUACUUACCGACUGGUUCGCAGAGAACGCCA